AUGCUCACCUCGGGGCUUACCAACACCCCGCUCACCAAGUCCCUCCUCGUCUACACAAUCGGCUCCUCGAUCGUGCUCUCCAUCCUCGACAUCAAACACCUCGCCUCAAUCUAUGUAUCGCCACACUUCUGGCCCUACGCACAGUUCUGGCGCGCACUCGCCUGGCAGGUUGCCGGGUUUACGAAUUCCACAGAGGCGCUGUUCGCCGCCAUGCUGGUGUACCAUCUGAGGGUGGUCGAGCGCGCGUGGGGGAAGAGGAAGAUGGCUACUUUCGUUCUCACGACGCUGCCCUACACCACACUCCUCCCACCUCUGCUCCUGGCACUGCUCGUGCGGCCCCUGUCGUUUAACACACUGAAUUAUCUGCCCUCCGGCCCGACGGCGAUGCUGUUCGCGCUGCUAGCUCAGUACUACGCGAUGGUCCCGCAUACAUUCCGGUUCCGUAUCGGCACAACGUCAUCAUCAUCAUCCACCCCCUCCAGCAACGACAACAAUACCACCACUUCCUCCUCAACACCACCACCAGCCGCCAACGCCCCCAAACCCCCACCACCCAGCCUAACCGUCCUCCUCUCCGACAAAACAACAACCUACCUUGUAGCCGCCCAGCUCGCCCUCUCCCAAUUCCCCGCCAUGCUGCUCCCCUCCAUAAUCGGCUGGCUUGUCGGCAUGGCCUGGCGCGCAGAGCUACUGCCAGGCCUGUCACCGGCUAGCAAUGGGUUUCGCGUGCCUGCGUGGAUUGUCGGGGAGCGGGAGCGGCGCGGCGAUGGCGCGAAUGGGGGCACGAGGAGUGCGGCGGAGAGGGAGCGGUUUGAGGAUUUGAGAAGACGGUUAGAGGGGGGAGGCGGCUGCUUCGACGUCGGGCAUGGAGAGUGCUGGGGGCCAGAGGAGGAGGGGUGGGGGGAGUGGGAUUAUGGAGAGGUUGAGGGGGGCUUGGUGAUUUAG